GGCUGCUGAGCGACCGUCGCGACAUUCAACUCAUCACAUUCUCCAGUUCUUUGCCUCAAUUGCUCUGUUUGGCUGAGGACUGUUUGCUGGCCAAACCAAUGUCUGCAGCUUUCCGGUAGCAUACGCCUGUAUACGCCUGCCCUAGGGCUCUAAUCCACCAUGUCGAAGGAGAACCGCGCAUUCGAUACCCAAAGACUGGGGGCAGGUUAUGGCUUCGAAUCGCAUCCAAAACAAGCCGUUGAGCUACCACCGACAUGGGCACUCUUUGUCGGCCUAGGCUUUAUGUUGUUCGCUUUGGGAUUUUGGGUGUACAUAGCUCUCAAUCUCCUUGCGCCUACCCCUCGUCUUCCACGCCGCUCCGAGAAGCAGUACAUCACCAUAUUGCCCGACGGCUCGCGAAGCAAACCAAACGAACUGUCGUGUUGGCUGGACAAGUGGGCGGCGGAGAAGGAAGCUGCGAAGCAGCAGGCAGCGAAAGAGCCAGGAACCAAGGUUGUAGUACCACCCCAGAUGCCAAUUGAGCAGGCAGAUCUCUUCAUGAGCGUUGUUGUACCAGCAUAUAACGAGGAGGAGCGACUCGAAGGCAUGCUGGAAGAGGCUGUCGAGUUUCUAGAGAGCGAAUAUGGCGGGGCCCACGACGGAGAAAAUGGACAGUACAAGCAGAAGGGCUGGGAGAUUUUGAUUGUGAGCGAUGGGAGCACGGAUGGAACAGUCGACAAGGCGUUGGAGUUUGCAAAGGAGCACCAGUUGAGCCAGCAUCCGGCACCGAAACCUGGUCCCUGGUCAGAGAACGGAAAUGCGAAGGCACUCCACUCGACACACAUCCCACACGGCAGUAUCCGCGUUAUUACCCUUGAAGAGAAUCGGGGCAAAGGCGGUGCAGUAACUCACGGCAUGCGACAUGCGCGAGGCCAAUAUAUCGUCUUUGCCGACGCAGACGGCGCCAGUCGCUUCUCCGAUCUCGGGAAACUCGUUUCAGGCUGCAAAACCAUCGAAGAUAAAGACGGUCGCGGUGUCGCAAUCGGCAGCCGCGCCCACCUUGUCGGCAGCGAAGCCGUCGUCCAGCGCUCCGCCUUAAGAAACUUCCUGAUGCAUUCGUUCCAUAUCCUCCUACGCAUCAUGACUCCGCCUGCCACCGCCCGCAUAAAAGAUACCCAGUGCGGCUUUAAACUAUUUUCACGGCCUGCAUUGCCGUAUAUUGUGCCGUAUAUGCAUUCUGAGGGUUGGAUCUUUGAUGUCGAGAUGCUUAUGCUUGCUGAGAGUGCGGAUAUUGCCAUGAUUGAGGUUACCAUUGGGUGGAAGGAGGUCUUGGGGAGUAAGCUGAACGUUGUUUGGGAUAGUAUUGGAAUGGCGUGGGGCCUGGCGCUACUGAGAGCUUGUUGGAUGUGCGGGAUUUAUCGGAGGGACUGAACAAUGGCUUACUAUGAAAUCAAACGGUUCUUGUGGUCAAUCCAUCCAGUCUCAGUUUUGUCAUGAACCUGCUCGGCUAAUUACCUAUCCUGUAUGCAGCAAUCGAAAAAAACUAAUGUAUGAGGAGAACACGUGGAGCCGUACCCGAUACCUAACUCCUCUGUCAAUCUCUCAAUGCUUUCCAUGUCCGCUUUUCCGCACACUAUAGUUUGAGACAAGUCCG